CGAUUUGAAUAAGAACUAGGUUAAAAUCAAAUUGGGGGAAAACUCCACGAAACUUGGAGCAGAGAGAGAGAGACAACCACAGAAACCAAACAAACAAACAACAAUGUCUUCUUCUUCUCCUUCUCCGAUCUCUUCCGAGACAACAAUAUCCAAAGAAAUCGAUCCCAACAACGUAUCCCUGGCCGAAAACUUCCUCAAAUCGUUCACUUGCCCAGACUCCUCCCUCGACGAUUUCGCCUCCUUCGACUCUUUCUCCGUCUUGUUCCAAAACAACAUCAGAGCUCUCUCCGUCGCACGUGGCCGCAUCACGUGCUCCGUCGUCGUCACGCCUGGCCUUACCAAUUACUUUAAUGGGUUACAUGGAGGAGCAGUGGCGUCUAUUGCAGAGAGGUUAUCAAUGGCUUGCGCGAGAACAUUCGUGUCCGAAGAGAAACAGCUGUUCCUCGGUGAAUUGAGUAUGUCUUAUCUCUCUGCUGCUCCAGUUACGAGUGAAUUGGUGGUUGAAGGAUCAGUGGUGAGGAGUGGGAGGAACCUGACGGUGGUGAAUGUUGAGUUCAAGAUGAAGGACACCAUGAAAGUCACUUACCUAGCUCGUGCUACUUUUUACCAAUCUAUUAUCUCCAAGCUUUAAGCUUUUGACUCAAUUCUUUAUUAUUAUGUUUAAUAAGACAAGAUUCUGUUAUGUAUACAGAUUACGUGAUAUGUAAUGAACAUUACUGUUUUUCUCUGUCUUCAA